GAACCUAUAAGUAUUGAUUGCCAUGAAUAACAUUUAUUUAACAGUCGAUAACUAUUUCAGUUAGGCUAAGUACUUACUAAGUUCCCUACUUAUCCAUAAAACGAAAACAAUUCUGAUUUUAUUUAAGAAAUAAUAUUUUUGGGACAAAAAUAAAAUGUGUUCUAAAAUCAACAAAUGCAUGGAUAAACUUAUCUUGCCUUUUUUAAGGGCAUAAUAAUUGUAUUAGGUACCUAUGACUUAUCAAUCCUCUUUAUCACCUCAAUAUAAAUUACGAGAAAACCCAGUGACUGUGCCGUAUAAUCAAACGCAAAUGAUAAGGAACCACUUAGAAUAUGGAACAAAUUAUUUUUAACAAGACUGACUUUAGCAUGCUUGUAAUCACAAGAGAUGGUGCCAAUAAAGUAACUAAUGGAACUCAGAAUGAGGUUGAUUAUGGAAGAUCAAUCAAUGGUCAGGCACUAGGGGAAAUAAUGGCAAACAGAGAAAAUGAGAUCAUUUUCAAUUUGCCUACAAAAUUGAAGCAAGGAAAUGAAUUUGAAGUUAUUGGACAUAUGACCUCAGACCGCAGAAGGUUAAUCGUAGCAUUAAUUACAGGCACAUAUAAAAUAGAUCAUAAUAAUGUUGCCUGCGAAGUGGAAUUUAAUUUCACAGGAGACGAAAGCAUUAAACUAAGAAAGAUAAUAAACGGUGUUACCCAAGAACAAAUAGUUGGAGAUAUAUCAUCUUCAUCGUUGUUGAUGGGUAUGUAUUUUGAAAAAGCGCAGUUCAAACUAAAAUUUAAAAUAUGGCGAACAUCAAUAUUAAUAAGCAUCGGAUCAAGGAUGGAGGAUGAUGGUGAGCAAGGCGACACCAUUCUGGAACCUUUUGACUUUGAUCAUAAUAUUGACGAUAUUAAAUUUUUAAGUCUGAGUAAUGAUAUAGAGAAAGUAAGUAAUUUAAACUUCUCUUUUUGACACAGUUGAUAUGGCUAUUAAAAUUUUAUCAUUAUUUUGAGAUUUGUUCCCAUGUAGAAAAUAAAGUGGAAAAUAAUUAAUAUUGCCAUUAGUUAAUGAUAGAAUGCCUGUAGUCUAUAAAUUUUGUAUUAAUGGUAAACAUUUGUUGAGCAACAAAUUUGAAUCAAGAUAUAAGAUUAUUUGAAAACUAGCAGUCCGCCCCGGGGCGGAUUAAAUAUGUACCACGGGCGAAGCCGGCUUCG